CUAGCUAAAAUGCUAAACAUGAGGAUUAAUAAGGCGCCAAAGCUAUGGCAGUUUACAGUCCACUCGUUAAUCUACAAGCUCACAACCUCCAUUGUUCCUCCUCCUUCUCUCUUGCAAUGCCAUGUCUCUCCCUUCCUUACUUCUCUCUCAACUCAUAUUCUCUAGAAAUGAAGUAUUGGGGUGGAAGAAGAAAAAGAGGUGUUUGUUUGGCUUCUUCAUCACAGAAUUCAAGUAAUGAUGUUGCACGAACAAGGAAAGUUGUGGAACAUUUAUGUUUACUGAGAGCAAAAGAAAAUUUAUCUGAUGAGCAAGAGAAAGAUAUGUUGGACAACCUUUAUACAUCUCAGUAUCAUAUGGCUGGCAUAGUGGCAAUAUCUUUAGGACGGACGUCAGAUCAAAAUUCUGUAAAUUACAGCCAUGGUGUAUUCAUGCGUUUCCAGAGAAAGGAAGACCUAGCAAAAUUUUAUGAGAAUCCUUUGUAUUUGCGUGUUCUCAAGGAGCAUGUUACACCUUUCUGUCAUGAUUUGCUAUAUGUGGAUUUUGAAGCUGAAGUAGAAGAUGAUAUCCUUGCCAUUUUUCGGAAAGGAGAGGAAUUUAAUUCCGGAGUGGAGUUUGUGAUUCUGAUUAAGUUUCAUGAGAGCGCUUUAGAUGGACCAGCAGAAGAUGUGUUGACCUCUCUUGCAAACUUGGCCUUCGAGUUUCCCUCCUUGAUCGUCCAGUCUACUCAAGGUAGUAAUUUUAACUCUGAAAGCAAGGAUUACACUCAUGCAAUAGUGAUACGAUUCCGCUCUGUUGAAGCUCAGAGGAUCUUUAUGGAAAGUUCAGAGUAUAAACAUAUAUGGGAAUCAAAAUUGCUGCCAAUCAGCCAGAAUACUCUUUCUUUCCAUUUUCUCGUGGAUCCAGUAGGCACUGAACUCAUGUAGGGCAGCUGUAUGUGCAUUCUGAUUAUAGAUGAAGGCAUAAUAAUUCUGGUAGUUCUUCCACAUUUUGACACUUUCACUUGUGUCUUUUCAGUAUGAUUCAAAGAUCUGAAACAAUAUUUUCCUCAAUCUGAUGUGUCUCUCUGGCCUACGUUUUUCUUCAUUAGAGUGAUGAUGUUUGACCUACUUCAUUGCCGAAUUUGGAAAGAUACCCGGUGAAUGAUAGUUAAGUACAUUCUAAUCAGUCUCUUUUGAAGUUUCGUAAUUGGAAAAAAAGGAAUAUGAAAUAAGUUGCUGUCUUUGGUGGGUAUGUUACACAGGAUUAGGCUUUUUGAACUGGGGUCCUAGUCCUGUUACACUAUUUGAUUAAAUGGCUAUCUUUUCAGUCACAAUCUGGUUUACUGUAUUGUUUGAAACUAGGAAAAGAAUUUAAUUGCGAGCUUACGGAUAAUGCAGUGAUUUCAUUCA